AUGAGACAAAUAGUAGCAACGAGGGAAACGCCUAUCACUAGACCUGAUGAGCUUCCUCCGUCAUCGGAAGAAACACCAUUAUUUGAACCAGCGGGAAGAUUCGGAUUAGUGUCAACACUUGACUGUCUCGAAGAAACUUUUGCUGAACUCUCAAAUUCUUUUACAACAUUACAUCAAAAUUUUCAAGGCAUUAAACAAGUUCAUGAAUCUUUAAAUGACUUCAAUAAAUCAUUUUCAGGGUUUUUAUAUGGAAUUAAAAUGAAUGCACAUUGUAUAGAGUUUUCUGAGGCUCCAACGAAAGAAACGUUUACUAGUUUUAUUCAAAAGCGUGAAGCUGUUUUGUUGAAAGAAAAUAAAUCUACACCAAUUGCAACACCAGUUCGUAGAAUCAAAACUCCAACUCCCGUUAGUAGAAUCAGAACUCCAGCGCAACCACCUCCACCAAAGAAAAAGAAAAUAAAUAAGGCUUUAGUUAUCAAAGUAUUUAUAUCACGUGUUUACGCGGUAUGGUGA